AUGUCUAUCUCUUCCGUAGCUAAAGGAAGAGUACUUGAAGAAGAAGCUUUGAAAUUCUUGAGGCGCUUGGAAAUCGAGUGCGUUUGGACAGGAGGGCCGGGUGAUAAAGGAAUUGAUAUUAAAGGAGUUAUUCUCGGGAUUCCAUUUGUGAUUCAAUGUCGUCCGGUUAUUAAUGAAUUAGAAGGAAUACUUAUUAGACAACGGAGAGAUACGAUAGGUGUUGUAGUGGGGCAUUCAAGAAAUAAUUUCACGCCUAGUGCGAUAGAAACGGCCAAAACUUCGAUAUACGACAUUAUCCUCACGGAUAAGACAAACUUAUGUAAAGAUUUAUUAGAUGUAGUCGCUG